UUAAAUAAAGAGAGGUAAACAUAAAAUAAAUGCUUUUUAAAAGUUUUUUUUCUGUAUCUAAAACAGCUGCAUCAGUUUUAUUGCUAUAGACGACAACGUGAUAACUUGCCAUCUAAACAUCAGUAUGUUUGGAAAAGCAAUCAUUUUGCGAUAACUUAUCAGAGAUCAUAAAAGGUUUCACGCUUGUCUUUUUGAAAGUUAAGCAGCUUAGAGCAGGAAGUGUUUACAUCUCGUCGUUUGCUGACCGGUUUUUCAGCAAAACAAGAAAAUAUUUCUGUCAAGGAUUACACAGUUUUUAAAUAUUAUCACUGAAAAUCGAACAUUCGAAGAAAAUAUUUUCCUGCAAAGUGUUCAUUUUACCAGCUUUAUGCAUUAGAGUCUUACUUAUCAACGUGGCGCGCGUUUUUUAGACAAUCUAAAUUUAAUUAAGAAUUUUUCGAGAAAAAACUGUCAUCCGAUGAGUUCCAUGAUGACUUUGAAGACUUGUGAACAGAACUGUAGAUUACAAGAUUCUGCAGUUUGCAGUAAAUGCAGAAGACGCAGUUCUGUUAAAAAUCCUCACCUUGAAGAAAUGAAAGUCGAUAUCCUGUAUCAUUUGGGUUUAACUACGUCAGAUGAUGAUUUACAGAUUAUGUUUGGUGACGUCAAAUUUGUUUGCGUCGGUGGCACGCCAGAAAGAAUGAAAGAAUUUGCUGAAUAUGUCUUCAAAGUUUUGGGAAGAACUAAUCCAAAAGAUAAUGAACUCUGCAAUAUAUCAAAAUCUUCACGUUAUUCUUUGUUCAAAGCUGGUCCUGUUUUGUGUGUGAGCCAUGGUAUAGGUUCACCUUCUAUUUCUGUGGUGCUUCAUGAAAUAAUGAAACUGAUGCAUCAUGCAAAGGCUGAAGACCCUGUAUUCCUAAGAAUGGGUACUUGUGGAGGAUUAGGGUUACCGCCUGGUAGUGUAGUCAUAACAAGUGUCAGUGUUGAUGGUAUGCUUAGGCCAUAUCAAGAACUGGUUGUUCUAGGAGAAAAGAUCCAGCGCCCAAGCACAUUAGAUGAAGAACUUUCUAAAGAAUUAAAGAUAGUUGCAGAUAAAUACUUGAAAGAUUGUACGGUAGUUGUUGGUAAAACAAUGUGUGCGGAUGAUUUUUAUGAAGGGCAGGGAAGAUUGGAUGGAGCCUUUUGUGAAUACACUCAAGAAGACAAAGUAUUCUAUUUAAAGAAAUUGAAGGAAGAAGGUGUUGUCAAUAUAGAAAUGGAGUCACUAACAUUUGCCGCAAUGUGCAAUACAGCUGGUGUGAAAGGUGGCGUGAUCUGCGUUACGCUUUUGGACCGUUUGAAAGAUGAUCAAGUUACUGCUUCUUCAGAAACUCUAAAAGAAUGGCAACUACGUGUUUUACAUUUGGCAGCGUAUUAUGUGAAAGCAAAACUGACUGGCGAGAUUUGAGAAUCCCUGAGCAUAUUGCUUCUUACUCUGUACUUCAAGGGAAUCCAUUACAAAGUAUUUAAAAGUUCAAAAACGUAUUUAUUGUUAUGCUCUUUAUAUUCCACUGCAUUCAACCAGAGAAAGUGAUAGCAUUUCUCAAAAAUUGUCGUACUUAUAAAGUAGUUACAUUGUGAAAUACCGCAAGUGAAGUGAAAGAUAAUGAAUCAAAAGUUGCAGUAAAUAGUGAAUAAGUGAAACCUCAAUAAGCUGCUGUGUUUAUGUCUUUUGAAAAAAAAAUAUGCUUAUACCAUAUAAAUAUGUUUUAAAAAUGUAUGAAAUAAUCUGAUUAUUUAAAAUGAAAAUAUUUUAACAGUUUCAUUAACUAAGUACUACAUUGACAGCGCAAGCAUAUUGAACAGAAAAGGAUUUCGUAUUUUGAAAAAAAAAAAAAAAAAAAAAAAAAAAAAAGAUUAGGAAUGUAAUGGUAGGGGGGAAAAACCAAAAAUUACCCGCUGUGGCUGUUAUCAAGUAAAACGACAACGAACUUAUCUACAUAUGACUACCAGUCCUUGUUUAAUUUCCACAUAUUAAUGAAAGCUAUUAUUACCAUUAAAAUUUUACAGAAAUUGUAUCUUCAGUCACCAUAGCAUGUGAAGACGGACUUUUCUAUAAUGCUUCAAAAUAUACUUCUAAUAAACAAAAUAAACAGUUCAAAGCAACGAGUUCAGACUUUUCCACAUUUUUACUUAUAUUUUUCAUUUAGUAUGCUUAUACUUGAUUUGAUCUGUAUUUUGUACAAGUUUAUUCUUUUUCCAAAUAGUGUAAGAGUAUUUUGCAUGUAUUUGCGUCUUGUUGGGUUCGUAAUAAAUUUGUAUGGUUAUUUUUGUAA